AUGGUCACCAAAACAGACCUGGAAACGGUUUUGGAAACCAUACACAAGGCGAUCCACACCAAGGUAGCCACUCUGAGGGGUAACAUCGCAGCACAUGGUGGCGGCAUACAAGCUAUAGAAACUACAAUGCAAGCAAUGGCAGACCAAAUUGAGGCAUCCAACCCUCUCUCACAAGACAUGACAACAUGCUGUUUAACCUCAGACACCAGAAUGAGGACCUGGAUAACAGAGGCCGCAGAUCAAACAUUAGAGUCCACCACCUUAACCGUUAACUAA